UCAUCUGUUUGGUCGGUGUCACCGGAGGCGAGGGCCGGGUGGUGACUGUGCGACCGGCCGGGCGGUGGGCGGCGGGCGGCGCGGGACACUCGCCGGGGACACCUCUGUGCGGACGCACCAUCAGUCGCCGGCGGCCGGGCCGACCGGUGAGCAGGCGCCCGCAGUACCUGCCCGGCAGUCGCGGCCGGUCGGCGGCGGACGAUCAGAGCCGGCGCUGCUGCCGAUCAGCUCAGCUACCUCAGCGGACCGUGGGCUAGGGUAGCCAGGACCGUGAGCUGGGGCUGCCAGGACCGUGGGCUGGGGCUGGCCAGGACCGCCCGGUCUACCAGGGGCUCCACGGAGCGCCCCACGGCCGUGUCUGCCCGGCCGAUCGCAGCUGAUCGCCAACGAGUGCAUCUCGUGACAGGUCUUUUGUCGACCUCUUCGAUCACACCGACGGCUGCGACUUCCGGGACCUGACCUGACCUGACCUGGGCCUGAUCCAACUCUGUUAUUCCUGUCUGAAUUGACGUGACGCGGCUUAGUCUGAUUCAGUCUCGACCCUAAUCUAGCCUGACCUGGUCAGACCUUACCUGUCUUUGGCCGAUUUGACUCCGCUCGUCUGAGCUCAUCUGACCUGGACAGACAUCGUCCUCUCUUCACUCCUCCUGGGACUGACCUGGGACCAAUCCCCUCUCCCACUCCUAAGCUGACAUAGCCCUACCCUCCCCACCUGACCUCCCCUCCCCGCCUGACCUCCCAUCCCCUCCCCACCUGACCUCCCCUCCCCACCUGACCCGUGUGACCCGCUCCGGCCUGCACGAUGGUGUCGUGUGAUGAGCUGCUGUCGGCCGCCGGCGAUUGCGGCUGGUACCAGCGCCGGCUGGUGGGUCUGUUCGUGCUGCCCGUCUGCUUCUACAUCCCGGUGGCCUACCUGACGGUGCUGAUGCAGCUCAGCCUGCCGGACCACUGGUGCCACGUGCCUGGCCGGCCAGAGAACGUCUCGCUGCAGCAGUGGUGGAACAGCACGCUGCCCAGAGACUCAUUUCCGGAUGGCACUACCGUCCACAGUAAAUGCCGGAUGUUCAGACCCAGCGAGGAGAGCUCCUGGGAUACGGUGUCAGAUGACUACGACGAGGGCGGCAGUGUCGUGACGCAGCUGUACAUUGAAUCGGAACAAAAUAUUACUGACUGUCUGUACGGCUGGGAGUUUGACCGGAGCGACUUCUCGGAGACGGCGCCGGCGGCGUUCCUCUGGGUGUGCGACCAGUUCGGCCAGCUGACGGCCAUCUACUCGAUGCACACAGUCGGAAACCUGCUGGGCAGCGUCGUGUUUGGAGCGCUCUCCGACAGGCUCGGCCGUCGCCUGCUGGUGUUUGUGGUCUCGGCUCUGAUGCCCGUGUUCAACAUCGUCGCUGUGCUGGUGAGGAACCCGAUGGGGUUCACGGUGAUGCGCGUGCUCAGUUCUCUCUGCUAUCCGGUCAUCUACCAGCUGGUCUUCACGCUCGGGAUGGAGUUUACCGGCGUGUCGUGGCGCACCAGCUAUGCGGUCGGCGUCUCCAUAGCGUUCACGCUGGGCAUGUGCGCCAUUCCGCUGGUGGCCUACCUGGUCAAAGACUGGGUGUACCUGGGUAUUGCCACCUCGCUGCCGGCCCUGCUCAUCAUACCCUGCCUCUGGGUGGUGGACGAGUCUCCGCGCUGGCUGGUGGCCCAGGGCCGACUCUCGGCCGCCUCCGACGUCCUGUCCCGGGUGGCCACCGCCAACGGCCUGCCGCCCGAGCCGGUGACCCGCCUGCUGAGGGACGCCGACGGCCCCAAGGCGGCGCCGGCCCACAGUCCCGGCCUGCUGGCCCUGGUGCGCGCCGCCGGGCCGCGGCUCGUCAAAAAGGCGGCCGCCAUCACCGUCUGCUGGGUGACCAACGUGAUCAUGUACUACGGCCUGAUGCUGAGUUUCUCGGACAUGAGCGGCAGCCUGUUCGUCAACUUCUUCCUGCUGUCGGCCGUGGAGCUGCCGUCCAACCUGUUGGCCCUGUACGUCUGUGGCCGGUUCGGCAGGCGGCCCACGCAGCUCGUCUUCUUCGUCCUCUCCGCGGCCGCCAUGUUCGGCAUCAUCCCCCUCAAAUUCGUGCCGGGCUCCGGAGAUGCAGUCACGUUCCUGCUGAUGCUGGGCAAGUUCUGCACCAGUCUGACGUUCGUGGUGCUGUAUAUGCAGACGGCCGAGCUGUACCCCACGUGCGUCCGUUCGCUGGGCACCGGCGCCUCAUCGCUGGUCGGCAUCGGCGCCGGCGCUGUAUCGCCCUACAUCCUGCAGCUGGCUGCGAGGCACCCGACCUACCCGUACGCAGUGUUUGGCGCCUUCGGUAUUCUGGGAGCCCUCUCCGUGUCGCUGCUGCCGGAGACGCGAGGGAGACCGCUGCCAGAGACGAUGGAGGACGCUGAGGCCUACUGAGACGGCGGAGAGACUGGCCGAGGAUACCGGGAGACCGGCACGACACCUGUGACCUGACGAGGGGCCCUGAGCGAUCUACACGACACCUACGACCAGCCGAGCGUCCCGAGCAACAGACGCGGCACCUACGACCAGUCGAGAGCCUGAGAGUCUGCGGAACGACCGUCGCGACAUCUCUGGUCAUUGAGGAACUGAGAACAGAGAGCUUAGAGGACAGGGAAAAGACUAGACUAGAGGUCGGUCGAGAGGUCAGCGAAGGAGAGGGGGCAUGAGGAGAGGAGGUGGAUGGGAGGUGAGAACUGAGUUAGAGUAAAUGAGCGUAAAAGGAUGACAAGUAGAGGUGCUCGUCGCACACCGCUUUUAGCAUCGUGGUAUUCCACUAGCGAUAGCGUAGCACAGCGAUGGAUUGGUCCUGGGCGCAUUCCAGCGAUGAUUGCUCAUGUUUCGCUGAUGUGUCGACGAAUUUGGAGGCACUGUACUCAUCUUAACUGUGGCAUUGACAAUGUAUUGAAAAUAUACCCAUUAUGGCUGUUACA